ACACGUUUUGAAUAGUGUUUUAAAUAUGGACACUGACGUGUAUAACGAUGAGGUGUCCAUCGGAAAUGUAUCUGAGAUUCUGCGCUCAGCGCUGGAUUCCAGCGUCAAGUGGUCUCUACUUGAUGAGCUGGUAGAGCGUUUAGAGGAGAUUGGCGCCAAUUCUCGUGAGUUGAUGAAAGUCAACAAGUGGUUGAUGGAGCAGUUGGAGUUGGCAAGUAGUCGUGGCGCCCUAAGUCCCGAGGAAGCUAAGAGAGCUCAGGUAGCUGAACAACUGCUUCGAUUCGUGGAGUCUAAGGACGCCCAGCGUCAAGUUACUGUCGAAGAGAUAUAUCUUCGCAGAGCUCCUGUUGUAGACAAUGGCAGCACCGAGUUGAAGCGUGGUGUCGAGACGUCUAACAAGUCAAGCAUGUCAGUAGACAUAUUGGACCCCGUCCCCGAAUACAAGUGUACGACAACAUCGGCGGCUGCAGUUGAUGCCUGCAUCAAUGACAAGAUAUCGCGAUUCUCCAAUUUGUUUAAGAAUUUCUGUACUUCCAAUGGUGUACCAUGUGAUUUUAAACCCCUAAAGAAUUAUACUGACCACGAAGUUACUGUGUACGGUCGUAUAGGCUCUGAGGGCGACGUUCCUAUAGAUGCUUUGAAUGUGACUAUCCAGGGCACUCGUGUGUUUGACUAUGGUGUGAAGGCGCAAGUGACCAACGUUCAUUCCAUGGACAAUGUUUGUUUGUUUCCCGGUCAGAUGGCUGCACUGACAGGAAAAUGUUUUGAGGAUGAGUUUGGUGUACGUUACGUGGCGUCUAAAAUACAUUGUGGAAUACCGGCUCCUGAGCCUGUAUAUCCCAACUACACCAGUCAGCGUUUCCAGGGAGAGAACGUGCAUAUAUCGGUGGUUCGCGGGUGCCUCUUAACGGAAACAUUGGAGCCUGUGAAUUUUGCGCACGUUUUCAGCAAAAUUAAGCGUGAUCGGCCUCAUAUAGUGUUCAUUAUGGGCCCUUUUGUCAGUGUUCGUCAGAUGGCGGCUGACGGUGAAGGUCUGAGUCGCAUUGGGGAUAUAGUGUAUAUAUACAAGCGGUUUUUCCAUGAAAUCGCUAUACUCGCUGAGGUAAACCAGCUUAAGGCUACUCGUUUCUUCGUAGUGCCGCAUUGCUAUGAUGUGUUAUCUGGGUUCCCGUUACCGCAGCCACCGUUGGAUGCAGCGGGCUCACUUUUCAACGACAUUGAUUACCCAGAGAAUGUAUCAUUCCUUUCAAAUCCAGCAUAUGUCAGGGUUAAUGGAAUUCUCAUUGCGGUAACAUCGUGUGAUCCUAUUUCUGGCAUCGCAAACAACAUGGUAUGCAUACCCAAUGAACACAGGACUAGGCGUGUUUGUGAGCAGUUACUGUUACAACGGUCGUUCUACCCUGGUUAUCCAGCCUCGAUGCUACCUGCGGAGUACGCUGUUGAUCAUGAUAUGAUAAAAUAUCUUGAGUUUACGGAAGAAACAAUCCCCGAUUUGUUUUUAUUUGCGGGUGUGUCGGAUUCUGAGCCUUUUGUGGAGUUCGCGGGGUCAAGGGGAUUUGUCGGAUGCCAUAGCGCGUCGGUGCCUAAGGACGAUGUACUCAGAUCUUCUAUAGAUAUAUACAUAGCACCUCAGGAGGCUGAUACAGCGCCGAUACGUUCUGUUGAGAUUGAACAGAGGCUGUCCGUUCUCCUUACCCUGUGGCGCGGGUGAUUGGGGACGUGCGACCAUACACAACUAUAA